GCUUCUUCUGUACCAUGUUCUCACCUAGCAACAGCAAAAAGAAAAUGAAACCUGCUCUGUUCGCGUGGAGGUACUUUCCCUCAAUGAAAGUGUCUUGGCCUGGAUUCCCCCGUUGAUCUUUACCACUUUCUUUAGGGCACACACACAACAAGCCAAACCUACACGAUCGUGUACUAUCAAACGAGCAGUUUGUUGUUCUUGUUGGAAGGGAUGCUUUGAAAACCACGUGUCUUCUCCUCCAGGACACUUUGAAGCCAUCUCAGGAAACUGUUGAGUCGUAAUUUGGCAAGUCAUUCUCAACCUGUGUAAACUGCAAGCACCAGUCAUUCUCUUUUCUUCUACUCCUGUGAUUAAAACACUCUCCCUUUUACUUUUUUCAGAGUUUUCUUUCUCAUUCACGCAUUCUUUGUCGUGGAGCGCCAUUAACCGUUCUCUUUUCUUCUUUCUUCUGCUUUACUGUGCCAGUUUGACUGCUCCCGUCAGUUUCUGCGUCAGCUCACUGCCUCCGCGGCACAGCGUUUGGUGUUAAGAAAUGGUUGUUUUGCAACGUGCGCAACGAAAGACUUUUUUUGUUGGAGCUUGCGAAUGGAAUGACCUAGCCUGAAAAGUUAUUCAUCCUACCUUUCUUUUCCCCUUUUCCUGUAUUCUCCUUUUCAACUGCUAGAAUUCAGCAGUUCUUCCGUUUUCUCGUUUUUCCCACCCGCCCAACCCUGAACUCCCCGCCCACCCAGCGAGGAAGCGUAAGGCGGGCUACCCACUUCGUAGAGUCUGUUGAAUAGUUUGUUUUCUUUGCAUGUAUUUAACUAUUGAUAUUUACAGUGUGUUGUAAAACCAAGAAAGAAAAAUUUAUGUAGUUCCCAUGUUAAGCUUUGACCUGUUGGUAGGUGAUGAUUUGUAGGGUGUAGGUUAUUCUCGUACUCAUCGCCGUUACUUCUCUUCCUCUGUACCGUUAUUCGUCUACUUCUCUCAUUUAUCAUUGGGUCACCGUAAAGCUAACAAGACAAGGACGAAGCACUUUUUACCUUGGUCUUUCUGCGACCCUCAAAACAACUCAUUUUUUCCCUUCUUACUUUCAUUCCCUUUGUACGCCAUGGCAGCUGAGGCUGCUGACGGCAACAUCGUGGGCGGCGAUGACGUCGGCAUGCCAACUUUGGCUCGUCAGCCGGCAAUCGAUGAGCCCGGCUAUGUCCACCCUGACUCCGCAGCGCUUUUCUCCGUCGUUCCGUGCGCAAGGGCGAUCCCCAUCUUCGGCAAUGCAGUGGAGCCCUUCGGGCCCAAGUGCGUGACGUCGCUGGGCAUGGUAUACAUCCUCAACAAAGGCAUCGGCAGUACGUUGUUGACAACCGCCCAGUACGCGAUGUUCAUGAAGAAGUACGGUGUCACGACGGAGGUGUACCAGCGCAUGUAUGGCAUCAGCUCCAUGGGCUUCUCCAUCAAGCCGCUCACCGCUGUCCUCAGCGACACCUUCUCCUUCUUUGGCUACACGAAGCGGUGGUACAUGGCGCUCUCAUGCAUCGCCGGAGCCGUGUGCACUGUGGUGUUCGGCGUGUUGCCAUUUAAAGAGUCGAGCGCCGGGAUCGCAGGUGCGAUGAUCUUUCUAUCCACGUUCUGCGUUGCAAAUACCGACGUGCUGUCGGAAGGCCACUACAGCCGCCUAAUCAAACGCCAGCCUGUCUCUGGUGCCGAUCUCAUUUCGUGGAUCUGGGCUAUGGUCAUGAUAGGUCAGAUUAUCGCCCCAGCCAUCCAGGGACCGCUGUCGGACUCUGGCCGUCCUACCAUCGGCAUUUUCCUCUCCGCCGCUUUGCAGGCGGUGUGUGUGUUCUUCUUCCUCUUCAACUGGUACGGUGAGAAGAAGAACGUCGUGGAGCGCCGCGAGGAUUUCGUAUUUUUGCUGAAACAGGAGGCAUUAAAGAAGCGGGAGACGGACCUGGAGCCCUUUAACAAUAGCAAGGACGUGCCUGGCAACGCACCGGACAACGUGAAGGUUCAGCCGCAGUUUGGCAGUGAAGGCAGUUCUCAGGAGGGUGUCCCGAACGAGCUGGUUCAGUUUGGUGAGCUGGACAACGAGGCAGAGGAGGAGGAGGAGAUGAACGUUGACUUCGAGGUGCCCACGUGCAUGUGCGGCAUUUUUGGCGUGAAUAAAGAAGUCAUUUUGCGCAACACCUCCGUCGCCAUGUACGGGGCCAUUCUCACUAUGAGUGCCAUCGCCUUAACUAUUCUCAGCAUUGUCGGCUCGACCUAUCAGCUGCUGUACGGCUGCGUGGUGAUCUCCAUCGUGCUGUGCUCCACCGGCUUCCUCUGCAUCCCGGUGACGAUCAUGAAGGCGAACUUCUACGGGUGGUGCCAGAAUCUCUCCUACAUCAUUAUCACCGGUGCGACAGACAACUUCUACAUGGCAGACGCAGACUGUCUUCCUGAUGGCCCCCAUUUCUCGCAGACGUUCUACAACACCGUCGGCGCGGUCAUCGGCAACGUUGCCGGCCUCUUCGGUGUGUACAUGUUCUCGCGCAUCUUUUCGAAGCAGAGCUACCGUGUCACUCUGGUUAUCACCGUGGUGAUCCAGGUUUUUGCAAGCGUGUUUGACAUCGUCAUCGUCGAGCGCUGGAAUCUGUAUAUCGGCAUUCCUGAUCACGCGAUGUACAUCAUGGGCGAUGCCGUUAUAUACCAGGUGUGCUACAUGCUGAACUUCAUGCCGCUGAACAUGCUGAUCUCCCGUCUGUGCCCAAAGGGCUGCGAGAGCACGAUGUUUGCCAUCCUGGCGAGCUUCAGCAACUUAGGGUGUUCGACGUCGUCCGCGAUUGCCGCGGUUUUGAUGGAGACGGUGUGGCCGAUCUGUUCUAAAGCCCCAUGCGACUUCAGCAACUUGCGCUGGCUCAUCAUCACCGGUCACCUCAUCACGCCCCUGCUCGUCAUCCCGCUGGUGUUUGUCCUGAUUCCCGGUGCCCGCAUCUGCGACCCCAUCGACCCGAAGGAUGUGGAGGCCCUGUCCAUCUUUCAGAAGUGGCUGAACAAGUUCGACGCCACGUCCAACACACCCGCUGCGGCACCGAAAUCGGUCAUCGCCUUGGAGGAACAAUCUUAA